GUUCAUUACGUCACCCCGGAAGACCCCUGCACAAAAGAAGGGCUUGUAAUGAUUUACGUAUGGACGAAGGAGGCUUUGCUUUUUGGCUCCAUGGAAGAAGAGCAAGUAAAACGAAAAGUAGUGGAACAACUCGCAGAAAUUCAUCCAACAUUAAAAGAAGAACUUGUAUCAAACUGUAUAAUUCAUCAUUGGUAUAGGCUGCCAUCUUAUCAAGGCGCGUGUGGAGCAAUGAAAACUGCUCAAUACGGCAACAUCAGGUAUUUAUGGGAGCCUAUGGGAAACGUUCAUUUCGCUGGUGAAGGAAUUUCCUUUACACAAAAGUGGAUACAAGGUGCUUUAGAAAGUGGUUUAAAAGCUGCAUAUCAAGUUUAUGAGCGACAUAUGGACAGAAACGGUCACCAUGUUUAAAUAGACACAAGAAUGUGAUAAUUCCUUCAAUACUUAUCUAUUUUUUCAAAUAUUUGCAUAAACUUUUUAACCAUUUUAAUAAUUGUCCCCCUGUUAAGAAUAAAUUACUUUUGACCUUCACCUCUCGCAGGAACUUAAGCCGUCAUGGUAUUACCUAAUUCCAACGAAUGGAGAGAAAAAGAAUUAUAACAAAUAGACCUAUUUACCCUUUUUUAAUUCUGAAGCUUAGGCCAUUUAGUAGCUAUGGCUAAAAUAAAAUUUUUGUUGUUUUAACAAUGAGAAACGUA